AUGGACGACCUCCGCGACCUCUGCGCGAUCCAUGCAAAGUCCUCGAGCGACGAGUCCUCGUCCGACGAGAGCAUGCCCAGCUCGCCAGCCGCGCCGGCCAUCGUCCGCGCCCGCUCUAUGGUUGUGCAGCCAGGCGACGACGACGGCAGCGAGUCCGAGGUCGAAGGCAGCGAGUCCGAGGUCGACGGCGCCGACCCGUACGUUUACAUUGACGACUCGCCAGAGGAGACAAUCGAACCCGGCGAGCUGCCGGCGAUGGACCUCUCGGUCAUCUACGGCUUUGAGAGCGAUAGCUCGGGCGAUAGCAGCGGCGAAGACGAUUUCACGCCCGGUCCGCGCCGGGCGAAGAAGCCAGCUCUUGGGCCGCGACAGCGCCGGCGGAUCCAGGUUCCAGCGCCGGUCAAGGACGAGAUUAAUAUCAAGGUGCAGCCGCUCGAGAUCAACGUCCCGUUUGACUUUACGCUCGAAGCGAUUGCGACGUACCGGGCUGUGUUUGGGUCGUGCAACGUCCCUGCCUCGUACAUUGUGCCGUCGACCGAGCUCUGGCCAGAGCACCUCCACGGCUUGCGCCUCGGCGCGGUCAUCGCGCAGGUCCGCGCGUCGCCAGCGAUGCUCCAGCAGCGCCAGCUCCUCGAUGCGAUUGGGUUUGCUUGGACGUCCAAGCGCGGCCACAUCCGCUGCAUCGUGGUGCCGCCACUGACCAGCGGCCGGCGCGAAGCCGCGGUCGCUCGACCGGCCGUCGUCGUUCUCGGCGCGCUGCGCCUGUACCGGGACCUCUACGGGUCACUCGAAAUUCCGACCGACUUUGUCGUACCGCCCUUUAGCCGGCCGUGGAUACGGGCGCACGAAGGGCUCAUGCUCGCACACACGCUGCCCUCCUUCGCCGUGCACGCGUACGAGCUCCUCGACGACGACGCGACCGACGCCCGCGCCCUCGGGCUCCUUCAUGGCGUGCCGCCGUGGGCCUCGCUGCUGGCGCUGCUACGGGACUACCUUGAACGCUUCGAUGCGAGUGCGGUGCCCGUGCAUUUUGUAAUUCCGUCGGACGACAUGACAUGGCCCGUGGAGAGCCAUGGCGUCAAGCUCGGCGACAUCGCAUGGACGCUUGGUGUCCGCGAACCGCUCCUACCUCGGUCGUGCAAGCGGCAGCUGGCCGAGCUCGACAUGGAGCUUUGCUCGGACGCCUCGUGGGCCGCCAUCGUCUCUGCGCUGGAAGCCUUUGCCGACGCCGCUGGCCACGUGCACGUGCCGCCCGACUACAUUUGCGGCGACAUCCACCUCGGGUACUGGGCCGAGCGUCUCGUCGAGGCAGAUCGCCUCCAGCUGCUACCGCGUGCGACUGCGCAGACGCUGAAAUGGCUUCGCAGUCGCGCAACAAGCGUCGUGUGCGACGACGACGACGACGCGCCCGCCGAUGCCGCGCCGACGCCACGUGACGACGUCUGGACGGCAACCAUCGAGCGUUUCGACGAAGCGUGCGAGUGGAAGGCGCGGCUUGCGGCGCUGCGGCAGUACCAUAACCGGUUCGGCCACCUCCUCGUACCCGAGGACUAUGUGCUCGAGAGCACCGAGCCGUCGCUGGCGCUGUAUCCGCUCGGCGACCAGGUGCUGUCGCUGCGACGCCGCCGCCGAGACGUGGACGCCGUGCGAACCGACGCCCUCGACGCCCUCGGGUUCGUAUGGGACCUCUGGGCGCACGAGCUCUGGCCGACGCUCGAAGAUGCCGUCGUGGCGACACCAAGCCCGCUGCCCGAGACUGCUGCGCUCUCGUCGCUCAACGACAGUCCGUGUGGCUACUACUGGACGCUUCUCGAGAUCCACGACGGCUUUGCCACGCGCUGGUACCAAGACCGGCUCAAAAAGCUCGGCUUCGACGCGACGACGCGCUGGGCCGCCAAACUCGACGCGCUCUCGAUGUUUGACGCUGUAUUCCAGCAUCUCCACGUCCCGCCCUCGUUCGUCGUGCCGGACGCGCCGCCGUGGCCACCGCAGACGCACCACUUGCCGCUCGGGCUCAUGGUGCAGUGGAUCCGCCAGUGCCAAGCCCACAUCCAUGCGGCGCGCAAGGCCGAGCUGGACGGACGCCAUUUUGAGUGGAUCGCCAUCGACUUUGGCGACGUCGACGCCGGUCUCGCGCAGUACAAGCUGCUGGUCGACGCCGACGCGGACGUACCGCCAACGUUUGUGAUCCCAUCGCACGCUCCGUGGCCCGAAGGGCUCUGGCAACUGGCGCUCGGCGCGCUGCUGGCCAAGCAGCGCGUGUACCUGCGACGCAUGACGGCGGUGCACGCCGACCUGCUUGCCGCGCUCGGUGUUCCCGGCGUGCCGCCGCCGUCGCUCCAGCACGUUCGCUACAACUGGUUCGUCGUCGUCUCGGCGCUCGACGAGUUCCGAGGCCGGUUCGGCCACAGCGAGGUUCCCUUGCUCUAUACGAUCCCAACCGUCGGCGGCAAGUGGGUGCGCAGCUUGCUCGGGAUGCCGCUCGGCUUCUUUGCCCGCGUUUGCCGCGACCACUUGGCGCGUCUCGUGCCGCACGUCCAGCAGUCGCUUCUAAGCCUUGGCUUCGCAUCGGCCAACCCGAGACGCUACGAGGACGGCGAGAUCUUGCCGAGUCCGUUGAGCCCGCCCCGACCAAGCGCCACGCCGAUGGCGCCCUUGAAACCACUCGCCGCGACGGCAAGAAAAACACCCCGAGCGCAUCAUCGCAUGUCGUCGUCGGGGUCUAGCGCAGACACGCCGUUGGUUGUGUCACGAAAACGAACGGCCAGCAGCGUUCCAUUAAUGGAGCCGCCGGCUCGGCCACUGCCUCGGGACGUGACGCCUGAUGACAACGAGAGUCCAAGUCCCGUGGUCCCGUCGCCGUUGCGCCGCAAUAUGUUGGCUACUGCCAGCCUCGCUGAACCGGAGAGCGCCUCCUCGAUGUCGGACGAGCCAGUGCCGAGUCCAACGCCGUCCGAGAACGACGACGCUGGCAUCGAUGUCGACGACACAAGCGACUUUGAUGCUGCCAAGGCCAACGCGACGUCCCUUGACGGACAGGAGCUGUUUGAGCCGGACGAUACCGCGUCACUGCCUCCGUCGAUACCGCUCCUCCGGGCGUGCCACGUUUUCUACAAGAACUUUGGGCACAUGAACAUCCCGCGAUCGUUCGUCGUGCCAUCCAACGACGCGCAGUGGCCCCCCGACGCGUGGGACGUUCCGCUUGGCGCGCACUGGCACGCGUCUGCGACAACCCGUCGCUGCUCCAUUCAUCGGCCUCCCGCCGAGCUCGUGGAGGAAGGGCUCGCGGCCUACAUGCGUCGCACUGGCCAUGAGCACGUGAGCCCGACGUUUGUGAUCCCAGACGACGACACGUGGCCCGCCGACGUGCGUCGACUGCGACUCGGCGCCGCGCUUCAGCGGUCGAGGGCCCCGCCCCCCGACAUCGUUGUCAACUGGAGCCUCUGCCUCCUUGCGCUGUCGACGUACCGGGCGACCUUCUACCAUGUCAAUGUACCCGCCGCCUUUGUCGUACCGACGCAAGCCUGGGAGUGGCCCGAAGAGCUCGGGGACUACCCGCUCGGCGACGUCCUCUGCCACAUUCGAGCCGGGCGCGUGCCGCUGCGACGCUCCGACGCCACGCGUCUCGAGCGCCUUGGGUUCGCAUUCGUCCUCGGCUGA